AUGGCUGAACAGCAGAGGCAGCGUUCCCUCUCCACCUCUGGGGAAACAUUGUACCACGUGCUAGGUGUGGACAAGCUGGCUACGCCCGAUGACAUCAAGAGAUCGUAUAGGAAACUGGCACUGAAGUAUCACCCAGACAAGAACCCAGACAACCCCGAGGCAGCGGACAAGUUUAAGGAGAUCAAUAACGCCCAUGCCAUUCUCAACGACCCCACCAAGCGAAACAUCUACGACAAGUACGGCUCCCUGGGGCUCUACGUUGCCGAGCAGUUCGGCGAAGAGAAUGUCAACACGUACUUUGUGCUGUCCAGCUGGUGGGCCAAGGCUCUGUUUGUGCUAUGCGGCCUGGCCACAGGCUGUUACUUCUGCUGCUGUCUGUGCUGCUGUUGUAACUGCUGCUGUGGGAAGUGCAAACCCAGGCCUCCAGAGGGCCAGGACCAGGAGUUCUACGUGUCUCCUGAAGACCUGGAGGCUCAGCUGCAGUCUGACGAGAGAGAGGCUGGCGGAGGUGACCCCAUAGUCCUGCAGCCCUCGGCCACAGAGACCACCCAGCUGACGUCCGACGGUCACCAUACCACCUACCGAACCGACACAGGCUUCAACUAA